CCACAAUCCACACGGUAAAAAAGAAAAGAAAUAAUGUACCAAAAAAAAAGAAAUAGAAGGAAAGCCGCGUGAAGAGAAGAACGGAAAGUGAACGACUCUUAACCACACUUCCACGCGAUCGACGGCCAUCCACCGACCCACCGACCGGCGGCGCCCUGUUCUCAGUCACCAGUAGACUCCAUUGAAGUGGAAACAAAGAUAAAGACAUUGCUAUCACCAUUUAAAUUCACAAGGAACAUUUUUCCUUUUCACCACUUUGUUCAUUAACUUGUCAGUCGGCCCCUCUGAGAGGGGAGAAGGAGAAAAUGAACAAAGGUGGACCAGGCGGCAGUGGGCCCACUGCAGCAGCGGCGGCAGCAGCUGCUCAAAAACAGAAGACAUUGUUGCAGAGAGUGGAAGGUGAUAUUGCCAACAUCGUUGACAAUUUCAGCCACCUUGUCAAUGUUGCCAGGGUAAAUGAUCCGCCUGUUAGAAAUUCACAGGAAGCUUUUAUGAUGGAGAUGCGUGCUGCUAGGAUGGUCCAAGCAGCUGAUUCUCUACUUAAAUUGGUGUCGGAGCUGAAGCAAACUGCAAUAUUUUCAGGAUUUGCUUCCCUUAAUGACCAUGUAGAACAAAGAAGGGUUGAGUUUAACCAACUGGCAGAAAAAACAGACCAUACAUUAUCUAGAAUUGGAGAGGAAGCUGCAGCUAGCCUGAAAGAGCUUGAAUCCCAUUAUUCUUCUUCUGCGCAAAAGACUAUUCAAGAGACACAACCAUAGUUGAGACUUGAGAAUCUAUAUCAAUGUUGCUUGCACGUCUCACUUGAUGUAAGAUAUCUUUAGUUUAUAAGUAGAUUGUUGUAUUCUUUUGUUAUGUGAUAGCGAAUCUUGACGCAAUGGUUAGAGACAGAUUUUUUUUUUUUGAACAAGGUUAGAGACAGAAUUGUCUGUGUGACUAGGAGGUUGUAGGUUUGUGGAAUCAAUCUCUUGCAAAUAAAUGAGACAAUGUUGCCUACAAUGGCAAAGGUUGACCCUUAAUGUUGUCAAUGGCAAAGAUUUGCAAGGGAUUGACCCUUAAUGUUGUCAAUGGCAAAGAUUGGAGGGAUUAUUACAAGAUGUUUCACAUGUGUUUCAAGUGGAAGUAUUUUCCCCUUAAAUGUUGGAUUUUUACUGGGUUCAUGUAUAUCUAUUUAAUUUUAUGUGAAACUUUUAUGCUACCUCA